UGUCUGUUGCGUUGUGAUAGAGUAUUUGUUAGAUAUUUUCAUAUUUUCUUUUGUGUUUAUAUCCUUGUGAUAAUAUUUUACCAAAAUGCCGGUUCAAGUUGAGCAGAAGGUCGUGGAUCCGGAGGCGGAGCUCAGCAAUGUCCAAAGAACGUACCAAAAGCUGGCGCCUAUGUGCAGCGUGGAGAAGCGCGCUGGUGGCAUCCCUCAGCUCGCGCCUCAGGAGAAGCAGCUCGGGAUCCUCGCGCAUGAGCUGCAUGAGACGUUGCUCUGUAUUAAUCUUGCUAGAAAAGGUCAGCACGCGGUACGUGACGCCAACGUCAAGAGCGGCACUCGCAAGUCUAUAGUAGAAUACGAGCAGUUGGAGACCGUGCUGAGAGACGAGAGAGCGCAGCAAGCGGAGCUCGACUGCCUCAACUACCUCGCGCAGAAGAAUAUUAUAGAACUGUCCAAGAAAGUCCCCACUGAAGCUGAUGAACUGGGUAUGAUAGAGAACGCGAACAAUCGUCUCCGGCGCAUGGAGAACCGACUGGACCUCGCCACGAAGAGGUUCUGCGUCGUCAACGCGGACAACAAACGCGUGCGGGAAGAAAUACACAGGUUGCUUGUUGAGAGAAAUGGUUUCAAUAUCCAAUGGAAUCGCACGAUAGGAAAACUGGUGAAAGGCAAGAUGUACCUGAUGGACAUCCUGGAGAUUGCGUCAACAGCCUUCGCGGACAGAGACGAGUGCUGCAGGAAGCUGGAGGCUUUGAAGUGGAAGGGACUCUUUCAGUUAAAUAGAGACAUUUCUGAAAUGCAAGCGUACGAAGGAGAACUGAACCACCUCGCGAAGCUAGAAGAGUUUCUCCGCGUGAAAGGUUCCCACAGAGUCUGUGAGGCCGAUGAGAAAGAGGAAGUGAAAAGGCAAGAGGAGAUACAGAAGUGCGAGCAGGACAUCGCCAAACAUGACGCCUUGUUAGAAGAAAUAUUUAAAUACACUGGUUCCGAUCGAGCGGCUACUAUUAUAAAUCACUUCCAAAUUAGUGAGAUUGAGAACUUCUCGUGUUUCAUCUUGCUCUGUCAAGUUUUGCAAGAGUCGAUCAUUCUUAGAAGAGAACUAGAAGUACUAAGGCAACGAAUUUUGGAUCAACGCGAUGUAAACGAGGCUCGUGAAGAGAAACAGGACAGGAAGCUGGCCGAGGAUACGAAGAAGUUGGAGAUGCAGCGUGCGCGUACGCUGCUCACGCUGGAGAGGAACGUGGCGGCGGAUAAUACGAUCGCGAAGGUGCUGAAGGGAAUCGACGAACUCGUUAAACUAGCGAAAUGUGACAGCACGCCUCUCCUGGCUCUCCUCGGUAACCACAAGGACGUAACCAAGUGGAAUGUUCCCAAGUUUCUCAGGAUUUUGGAAGCUGAAGUCAAGAGUUUAAUCCAAGUCGCAUAUGGAGCAGUUAAGCCACCAGCUCCAACGCCAAAAGCUCGUAAGGGUCCACCGAUGCCUCCCGCCAGCAAACUAGUGGCGGACCCGUAUGUGGAAAAACUAAAACCGAACAGGAUCGAGAAACUGGUGCCAUAUCAGCCCUGUGCUUACUGUGUGGAAGACUACAUCAUGAACCUGGUGUUCGAGACGCCGGCCGUGCCUGCGGACAAAGAAUACGUCGAGGGCAUCUUCCAUUUGGAGGAUAUCAACACUAAGUUCGGGAUCUACACUCUCACUAUACCGGGAAAACGCCAUCCGUAUCGAGGCGGGAAGAAGGACUGAAUUUAUUUUUUUACUAAUAAUCAAAGUUUAAUCAUUGAAUAACAUUAUUAUGUCGCAUUUAGUGCUCAACGGAAGUGUACGGUAUUUAGCGAGAGUAUUUUAUUUGUCCUGGUAAAUGUGGACUAAAACAAAAAUAAUGGUAGACUUUUUAAAACAGUUAUAAUUUUUAUAAUAAAUACGUAUCUAACUACCCAAAGCUUUAGUCAACACAGCAUCUUUGGCAGAACCGACAGUAUUUUGCGCAUUAAAUAGCUUCGUAUCAUUUUCGUAGAGUACAUGUUUGUAUAUUUCACUUAAGUGAUAGUUAAAUGAGGAUAGGUCGUAAUAUUUUGGCAAUUUUUUUCUGGAAACUUUGUUCGUGUAAUUAUGUGUUUUAAAAUGGAAAAUAAAUGUACAGUGAAAUCAUUUAUGGCCUUUGAAUUCCCUAACCUUUAAUUAAUAAAGU